AGGCUUUUUUAUGAGGUUCCUCAUUCUUUCGAAUGGUCUCCUAGUAAAAGUGACGAUUUAAUUGAUGAAAAUUAACGAUUCCUGAAGAAAAUUGAUUCAUAAUUUUGCUGUAGACAUAAAAAUCGAUCUUCAAAUUCAAAUCAACUUCUGUGGUUUUUCCAACAUUGUCAAUCCUGGAUCAUGUCGACUGUUCAACCGUAUGCAAACUCUUUUGCUGCACCUCAGCAAGGAGGCGGCUUCAACAAUGGUGACAUCCACACUGCGGGUCAGCCGCAAUACAACUACAACGAUGCCUAUGCAGGUGGAGGAAGUCGUGCGAUGCCGAUGCAGCCGGCGCAACAACAACAGUACCAAGCAGCGGCUUCCUACGAGGACCAAGCUGGAGGAGCUUAUGCAGUUGGGGGAGGCGAACAACAGCCUCUGCUGAUGGUCCCUGGAGGUGUUGGUGGUGGUGCGACGAAAGAAAGAGCCGAACGAAGCACCAAGAGCUAUCGCUGUGCGUUGUUGACGACCAACAUCUUUUUUACCAUCCUCAGCAUCUUCUUCUUAAGGCAGCUCCUUCACCAUGAUAUUCAGCAUGAUCUUUUACCUUGAAGAAGAGAAAGGCAACCAAAAGUAAAAGAGCGUCCUCUUCCUCAGCUUUAAUAUCCUUGGACUCUUCUUCAAGACCGUCAUACCGAUCAUAUUCAGCCAAGACCGUCAGAGAGAGGUAAAUCAAUAUGAAUAUCUCUUACAAGGAAGUCAGAGGUGGUGCUCAGCAUCUUUUACAAGACAGAUCUUCAGCAUCUUCUUUGAUACAUUACGUAGAUAGUUUUGGUUUUCAAGGGGUGGAAAAGUGAAGAUGCGCCUCGCCAAGAUGUAUUUAAGUAUCUUUGACAGCACGUACUUAAUAUUAAAAUUAAAUAGAAGGUUGAACAAGGGGAAAAACGUCAGACAAGAUGCGCGUGCGCCGAGUCGUGUUCUUCAAGAUGAAUAUUUACAACGUAGAUGAUACUGAUAGGCUGUUCGUGUAAGUCGAAGCUUACGUUGUCAGUUACCUCUUACAACCAAUGAUAAAUAGAGGUCAUUAUGGUCCGUCGUCUAAUCUUUCUUGCGUUUUUGAUUCUCUUCGUUAUCUUCGAUCCGGCUCUGGUGCCGUUGUUGGGAGUGUAUUUCGAAUCUGGGUUUCUUUUGGGCGCAGCGAGUUUCGUCACGACCUUCUCCUCUUACAAAGGGGGUCUCUACGCUCUCUCGAUGAUCCAGACGGUUUCCAUGAUGCUGUUGUGGCUCUUUCUGGACAUUCUCUGUUGUACCCGCAUUCAACGGAAGAAGCUGUUCCCGAUGCUGACUAAGACUCGCUUCGUCUUGAUUGUUACGUGGAUCCUUUCCGGCUUUCUGUUGGUCAUUUUUGGAUGCAGUGCUGCUCGGAUGAUAUCGGGCGUGGCGGAGCCGGUGACUCCCUUCGUUCUGGGUUUCCCGCAAGCACGUGCUUUGAGCGGGUGGCCUUUCAACGUUCAAAUUCCCCUCCUUUAAGGCUAUUCGAAAUCUUAAAAUAACAGCAAGUAAGUAACUAAGUUCAAGAACAGUAGUGUUCUUCUAAGUUAGUAGCUCUCUUUCUUAGAUCACUUUACUAUUACUCGGUUAUUUCAGUUUUUCCUUUUCGAAUAAGUAGCUAGUCGCAGUGAAGGAAGAAACCCCGUGCUGGGUACCUCAGCAUCUUCAGAUCGUUAUCCAAGGCAGUUGAGAUAUUCUAUUUCUACUUGGAGGUUACGGGAUUAACAUGAAGUCUAUUAAGCAGCAUGAGCAUGUUGAGAAUUUGAGCAAGAUUAUAAUGACAAUGGGAUGAGUCAGUCGGUGAUGUUGCAUUUGCGAAGAUGUGAAUCUAAAGCACAAGGUCUCAUGUAAGUAGGAAAGAUGAACUAACUGAUUGCGUGCUUGCCCUUUCUAGCUUUGUGACUAGAUCAGAGAAGAGAAGACUGAUGAUCUACUCUAGUACUUCUAAAUCUUGGGUGCUGGGGGAAAAAACGGAGGUGAGCAAGCUUUUAUCCAGAUGUCCAUGAUCGCGUCGCCCGCUAUUCAAAUGGGCGAAAUGAGUGUUGACCGCAGUACGAUUGAAGGUUAAGGCUCAACCUUCAUUGAUCACUGAGAGUCGUACGAACGUAGGUCACAACUGACAUCGAAGAGCGAAGAUCCCGUGAGAGAAAAGGGGAAAACAAGGGGAAAGGGGAGAGCUCUGGAGGUGCCUUGUUCCUUCCGCAUCAGUGAUCAAUGACUUUAUGUUCGACCUUUAAGAAGGGUUCGCAGGGCAACGGCUUAGCGAUGAGCAAUAUACUCUGAUUCAGGAGCGAUUCGGUCAAGCCGUGGAAGCAAUGGGGCCGGAGCGAACAAUCGAAACCCUCGCUGCGAUGACAAGGCCUGGUGCAGUGAUGCCCCAGUUACCUCCUGAAGUUCUGCAACACUUAAGGCCAGUCAGUCACUUGAAUUUCACUAUCUGGUCGAUCGUGUAUCGUAAGAAUUUCAUCGCACCGCUUCAUUCUUGAACUUGAUAUUCUAUAAGGUCCUCUACAUGCUUAUUUCAGUAUCUGGUCGUGUGAGGUAAGUAGUAUCUUCUAUCCGUGACGUCUGAAGAUCGAUCCUGUGACAGACUUCUUGAAGUCGCGGCGCUCCAAUAAAAGGCGAUCAAGUAGAUAUAACAAGAUAGAUAUUUGUGAGGGAGAACAAGGAUGCAAGGUGGAAAGCUACCUCCACAAGUACAACUCACUCAGCUCACUGCUCAUCAAGAAAAAGAUUCACUGCUUCCCCUUAUUUUUAACAAGGGUGAAAAAGCACUACAUCAACCCGUGCAUUCGUAUCACUUUCAUCAACCAUUGAUGAAAGUACUCUUAGUUUUAGAUAGUGACGGUGACUGACUAGCGUUAAGAUGUAUUCCUUCCGAGUUGGAAUUCCCGCAGGCUGGACAACCUAUUCCUCAAGACAACCCGGUGAAUCGGGUGAUUCUUAAGGCUACCGCUGAAGCAUGUCUCCUUAGUAUCAUGGUGAAUCAUGAUGAUGAUCAUUGUUGUUCUCAUAGAUUAAUAUAAGUAGAUGAGAACGGCUUACCGGUUCCUCGCUCAAUGAUCAAAUUUGAAGGGCGUGUAGACACUAGAAUAACAACAAAAAAUAUCCUGAGAAGUCUGGUCGGCAUACCUGACUUUAGUAGUUGUAGAUUUUGCCGGCGGCUUACCGGUUUCUCGUUCAUUAAUUAAGUGCUCCGGGCGUGUAGACAAUAGGACAAAAAGCGAGCUAUAAGAGACGUGACGCGUUCCUUCUUUUUCUACUUGAAAAAGAAGCCAUCCCCAAGGAUACUAUUACUCUCAAAGAGGAAGAUGCUAACGCGGUAGCUCUAACAUUCAGAAAGCUGGACCUAAGGGCAAGGCCAUCGCACGCCUGGCUCAGAAGGCAGCAGCGAAGCCGGGAGGCAAUUUGGUCGAGGUUGGAGACGGGCAAUCAAUGGAUCCUGCUCUUACUGCACUGAUUCCGGAAAACAUACAAACUUUAAGGCUCCUAGUAGUACAACUAGUCGAUUACAACAACUACUAUCUAUCAAUAGGCUUAGGUAUUUUGAUUCCUUUCGAAGGUAAUUGUUAACAAGGUUCAUCUUACCAUAUGUAUCUCAACAUUUGAUGGUCGAUACAACAACAUCUAAGGGGAUAGAGACUAUUGAGUAUAUUACCUAUACAACAUCUAAUUCUAAGGGGAUAGAGACCAAUCUUGAGUAUAUUACCCCUUCCUCUAAAACAAAUGUUUCCGAAGUUAGCAGCUGGUGCUCCGCCACUGCAGUUGAAGGGAGGCGCAAUCGUUUUUGGUCGUAUUUUCAUGGAUAUCAUCAUGAUUGUGCUCUGCGUCACCUUGGGACUUUGGAUUAUUCUCAGCUACAACAAGUUGGAGAAAUUGGAGGAAGGAGACGACGGGUAUCUUCAGCCCUAGAGGACUGAAAGCAACAGAACAUGCAGGAAAAGGAGACAAGGACGCCGGGUAUCUUCAGCCCUCGUAGAGUCCUAGCAUCUCGGAGGAAGGGUCUCGAGAAGCAAGUUGCUGUUAGGGAUGAGGAGACGAUGGGGGACUCCUUAGAAGAUUGGACGGAAAUUAUGGAUGCUACAAGUAUAGAAAUAGAGAACAAAUCACAACAAAAACAAGCAGUCGAUUAGCGAGGGAGCAACGGCUUCGUGGUUCCCUUUGUUCUGAGAAGAAAUCGAAAUUGCCUUUUACCGACAGUGCUCGAAAAAAUGGAAAAUAACGAAAAGACUUCUAGGAGUAGGAAUUAGCUUACUCUCUCUUCCCGAUUUCUUUGAACUUGAAGCUAUCGCAACACAGGUAUGAGUACGACUGUUUUUCUCUUUGAUCAUUACUCAUCUGCUCGGAUUUCGUGCACCGUUCUUUCCGCUUCAAAGCUUAUUUGAAGCUAUAACUACUUGUGCCGGAGGUAGAGCUAGAGACUUUUGAUGUGGAUAUAAAUGAACUUCAAAACGGCGAAAAAAGAAAUACUUAAAGAAUAAUCAAUGAUAACGAAUGAAAAUGUAUGAACCACGUCGACGUGAACAUCUAUGUUGAUUAGUUGGAAGAAUAGUUGUUUGGGAUGCGGUAUGAUGAUGAAGAAUAGUUGUUGGAGAAUUGAUAAGUAUACUUGGUUCGUUCCUGGGAGCAGCUGAGAAGAUGAUGUUUCGCUGCAGGGAGCGACUGUUGGCAUAUCUAAAAAAUGUGGAAA